AUGAAGUUACAGAGUGUCUUUGCCUUUACACUAGCUUGUAUCCUUGUAACCUCAUCAUAUGUUCCUAGUGUUGUUGGGGAUGAUGUUGGAAGUGUGAUUAAUGCUUCUCUAUUUGAGCAAUUACUGAAACACCGAAAUGAUCAAGCUUGUGAGGGCAAGGGGUUCUACAGCUACAAUGCUUUUGUCACCGCUGCAAGAUCCUUUGGUGCGUUUGGAACCACUGGUGAUUCCAACACUCGUAAGAGGGAGGUUGCAGCUUUCCUAGCCCAAACCUCUCAUGAAACCACAGGAGGAGCAACAACUUCACCAGAUGGUCCAUAUGCAUGGGGUUAUUGCUUUGUGACAGAAAGAGAUAAAUCCAACAGGUAUUGUGAUGGCAACGCACCAUGUCCCUCUGGAAAAUCAUAUUAUGGUCGAGGGCCCAUUCAACUGACCCACAACUACAACUAUGCGCAAGCUGGAAAAGCCCUGGGAGUGGACCUGAUAAACAAUCCAGACUUAGUAGCCAGAGAUGCAGUGGUAUCAUUCAAGACAGCUUUAUGGUUCUGGAUGACCCCACAGGGUAAUAAGCCCUCAUGCCAUGAUGUCAUCACAAACAGGUGGACCCCAUCUGCUGCUGACGUGGCAGCUAAUAGAACCCCAGGCUAUGGUGUGAUCACCAACAUCAUCAAUGGUGGGAUUGAAUGUGGGAAAGGUCCUACUCCAGCCUCAGGUGAUAGGAUAGGGUUUUACAAAAGGUACUGUGACAUUCUGGGGAUCACUUAUGGUCCUAACUUGAAUUGCAGAGACCAAAAACCUUUUGGUUAA